AUGAUCCUGCAAGGCGGUGACCCUGAAAAAUGCAAGCGGGAUGCCAUCAUCAACCGAGUGCCCAUGCUGGAGUUCGCCGCCCCUGGGGAGGAGCCAGCAGGCACGGAACUACUGGAGGCCAUGGCAUCCCCUCGCAUCAUCAAGACCCACAUCCCAGCUCACAUCUUGCCCAAAUCCUUCUGGGAAAACCGUUGCAAGAUGAUCUAUGUAGGGCGCAACGCCAAGGAUGUGGCUGUCUCCUACUACCACUUUGACCUGAUGAAUAAGCUGCAUCCCCACCCUGGGACAUGGGCCCGCUACCUGGAGGAGUUCAUGGCUG